GUGAGGAGGGGAGAGGAGGUGAGGGGAGUCUCCAUGACAUGAAUGAACCAUGUUCGGUAACGGAGGCUUAGCUCUCCCGGUCUGCUCCUUUCUCCUGCUGCACCUCCCGGUCCCGCUAACCGGCAGCUGGCCCGGUAAGGACAGAAGUGAAGGGAGGGUGGAGCAGCGCAGCAUCCACCCACAGUCACACAGCUACCCGAGUCAGCAUGGCAGACAGACAGGCAGCAAGGAGGAGGUGUUCCAGUGGUGGGGAGAGUGGUCCAGUUGGUCCUCCUGUUCCAGGAGCUGUGGAGGAGGAGUGAGGAGUCAGGACAGACACUGUCUCAUCCAGAGACUGGCCACCACCCAGAACAUCAACAGCUCAUACUGUGUUGGUUCUCCUAAACAGUACCAGCUGUGUCCCAACAAGCCUUGUCCCAGCCCCAGUGUCAGCUUUAAACAGCACCAGUGUUCCCAAUUCAAUUCUAAAGCAUUUGGAAGAAGAUACUUCCAGUGGAUACCUCUUUACCCAGCUGACUACAUCAGCAUCUCCAGUAAGCCAUGUGACCUGCAGUGUACCACCAUCAGUGGAGAGCGCCAGCUGUUGGUUCCCGCCCACGACGGGACGUUCUGCCGGGACGCCAAAUACCACGGAGUGUGUAUAGAGGGGAUCUGUCAGCCUGUAGGGUGCGACGGGGAGCUGUACAGCAGUCAGACAGUGGACCGGUGUGGAGUGUGUGGAGGCUUCGGGACGUCCUGCCAGCGCAUCUCUGGAUCAUACAGGAAGGCACUCACACAGUUAGGUUAUGUUUUCAUCACCAACAUCCCAGCUGGAGCUUCAGACAUUCAGAUUAUAGAGAGACACAAGACGGAGAACAUCCUGGCUCUGUCAGAUGAAGCGGGUCACUUCUUCUUCAACGGGAACACCGUGUUCGACAACCCGCAGAACUUCCACGUGGCGGGAACCGUGUUUAAAUACCGACGACCAAGCAACGUGUUCUCUGACGGGCUGGAGUACAUCAUAGCCCAGGGCCCCACACUGCAGGGCCUGAAUGUUAUGUACUACAACCUGAACGGGAAGCUCCCCCACAUCACCUACGAGUUCACCAUCCCCCGCACACCUUAUGACAUCACAGCUGCAGAGGGCAUCACCACAGGCCCCGCCCACUCCCACCUGAACCUCACCUACCACCAGGUGAAUGAGGACCAGCUGAGAGCCGUGAACCACAGCAGAGGGAGUGUUCUUCACUUCAACAGCCAGCCGGGAGAUCAGCCAGACGCCCAGCAGGAAGAAAAGGAGGAGGAGGAAGAGGAGGAGGAGGAGGAGGAGGAGGUGUGGGAGAUCAGGACCCCCAGCCCUCCACCACCAGCCGCCAUGUUGGUCUACAGACCAGCUGAUGUCACCAGUCAUGUGUUCAGCCAUAAUGACGUUGAGGAGCGAGGACCUGCAGCCCCGUCUGGAUACCGAAGUUCCUCCAACUCCAUCGACGAGCCGUCCUCUGCUGAUGACAACACUCUGGUGCUCCCUGUGUUCCCUGGUAGUCAGAGUGUUCAUCCUGCUGCUCUGCCUGAAGACUCCCCCUACCUGCUGCUGGAGGAACUACACCACAACCACACACACUCCAACACACACUCUGUUCAACACACUCACACUGAGCCACAUUCACCAGCAGAAACACAUGCGUCGGCCACAGAAACACACACAGAGACGCAGUUAGAGACUCACUCAGACAUGCUCGCUCUCACAGACACACACUCUGUCACACACACACACUCUGUUACACACUCAGAAACUGGCACACACUCAGACGCACACACCGCCAUCUUGGUGCAGCUGCAACAGGUGCAACAGGUGCCUGGUGUCCAGGCGGUCAACACAGAGAGUAAUGACUUUGAUGUGGGUCUGGACUCAGAUGUCAGUCUGGCUGACAUGUACCGCUGGAAGGUUUCUGCUUAUGCUCCCUGCAGCUCCACCUGUACAACAGGAAUCACCACCAGCUACGCUCUCUGUGUUCGCUACGACGGGACGGAGGUGGAUGACAGCUACUGCGACUCUCUGACCAGACCAGAACCCACCCACGAGUUCUGUACCGGCAAGGAGUGUCCUCCCAGGUGGGAGACCAGCGGGUGGAGCGAGUGCUCCCGUACCUGUGGCGAGGGCGUCCAGUACCGGACGGUCCGCUGCUGGAAGAUGUUGUCUCCUGGUCUGGACUCGUCCGUCUACGACUCACUGUGUCUGACCCACGACCUCCACAAACCAGCCAACAGGAAGGUCUGCCUGGGCCAGAGCUGCGGACCCCAGUGGGAGGUCUCAGAGUGGUCCGAGUGCUCUGCCCGCUGUGGUUCUCGUGGCGUGCGUCUCCGGGAGGUGCGUUGCUCCAUGGAGAUGCGACUCUGUAACAAGUCGUCUCAGCCAGUAGAGAGUCAGGAGUGUGAGGGCCCGCCCUGCGACAGGAGGUGGACCGUGUCUGACUGGGGACCCUGCUCAGGUGUGUGUGGCGAGGGACGGAUGGCCCGGGCGGUGACGUGUCGGUCAUCGGGGGGGCUGGUGAUGUCAGAGGAGCAGUGUGACCAAUCACUGCGCCCGCUGGCCAUUUACCCCUGUGGAGACAGAGAUUGCGCCCCCCACUGGGUGGAACAGGAAUGGCAGCAGUGUAACGCUUCCUGUGGGCGUGGCCUGCGGCAGCGUCAGGUGGUGUGUGCAGGUCUGGAGGGAGGCGUCUUCAAAGAGUUCCCAGACAGCAGCUGUGACCAGAACAACCAACCAGAGAGCAGCUCCUCCUGCUUCCAGAGACCCUGCUCCAAGUGGUUCACCACCUCCUGGUCCCAGUGCAGUAAGACCUGUGGGAGUGGCGUCCAGGUGCGUGAGGUGAAGUGUUACCAGGGGGAGGAGCUGGUGACCAGGGGCCACAGCUGUGACUCCGCCCUCAGGCCAGAAUCCAGACAGAGCUGUGAGAUCCAGAGCUGUCCAACAGAAACACCAGCAGCAGCUCCAGCAGCAGCAGCAGUCGUCCUAGAAGACUCCUGCCAGGACAAACCCACAGCCAACUGUGCCCUGGUCCUCAAGGUGAAACUGUGCUCCCACUGGUACUACAGGAAGGCCUGCUGCCAGUCCUGUAAGGCCCCCAGACCCUGAAGUCUUCACUGUAACCUCUCACCUCAACCUUAAACACAAACCACUGGUACCAAAGGUCCCAUUCCAUUCAUAUUGGUGCUACAGAAGCCUGCUGCUGGCGAUGUGAGGCCUUACCACGUUACCUUUAUCUUUGUAACUCUUCACUGAUUUCAACCUGUGGUCACUGGCUUUACCUUCUACCUUCCAUCAUGUUUCCUCACACCUAGAAUUGCUUCUAAACGUUUUUGUUUGUAGUGGUAUUAUCAUUACUAAAGAUUACCCAUCACAAUAAGUUCUUCCUCACACUCAUUUCUAAUAUACAGU